CAACAACAAUCUCCCCGGCGUCUCAAUAUUUGAGUCAGACAAGACAGAAGGCAUUUGGCACUUGCAAUGAAGUCAUAGUUAGAGGAUGCUUCAGGUGUUCAGAUUUAUAUUUAUCUUUUCUCCAGGAGCAAAAACAGUCUACCUUAAAUUUCUUCUCCAGUUUUCUCUGCAAAAACAAUCCUGCGAGGUAGGUUGAGCUGAAAGACAGGAUCCUGUCACAAGUGACCUGGUCUUAGUGCAAUAUAUUGGAAUAUUUUUAAAGAUACCUCUGCAGACCUGGAUGAACUCACAGAUACUAUAACAUCAUAUGUCAGCUUCUGUGAAGACCUAUGUGUACCUACAAGGAACUUGCAAAUACACAGUAAUAACAAACCUUGGUUUACACCUAAACUUAAGCAGCUACGACAUUCCAAAGAGGAAGCCUACAGAAAAGGUGAUAAAAUGCUGUACAAUCAGGCCAGAAAUGCACUAACAAGGGAGAUAAGAGCAGCAAAAAGAAGCUACUCUGAAAAGCUAAAGAAUCAAUUUUCAGCAAAUGAACCAGCAAACAUGUGGAAAACUCUUAAAAAUAUCACCGGCUAUGGCAAACCUCCUUCCCAGGCUGAAGGUAAUCAACAACUGGCAGAUGACCUGAAUGAGUUUUACUGCAGGUUUGAAAGGAAACUACAGCCACCUAUCUCCACAACCCCCAUCUCAGACACACCAACAACAGCCAAGCCUCCUACAACUGACCCCAUUUCAUUGGGUUCACAACCCCUAGUGAUCACAGAAAAGGAAGUGCAGGACCUAUUUCACAGACAAAAGCCAGGAAAAGCUCCAGGCCCAGACAAGAUAACUCCUUCUUGCUUAAAAGUCUGUGCUGACCAAUUGGACCCCAUCUUCACCCAUAUUUUCAAUAAAUCACUAGAGAUGUGCUAUGUUCCUUCUUGCUUCAAACGCUCUACCAUCAGCCCAGUGCCGAAGAAGCCCACCAUCAAGGAACUGAAUGACUACAGACCAGUUGCCCUAACAUCUGUAGUCAUGAAAACCUUUGAAAGGCUAGUGCUUUCCUACCUGAAAACCAUCACGAAUCCGCUCUUAGACCCCUUGCAAUUUGCAUACCGAGCAAAUAGAUAAACAGAUGAUGCUGUUAAUAUGGCUCUGCACUACAUCCUACAACAUCUUGAGUCUCCAAAGACCUAUGCAAGGGUCCUUUUUGUAGACUUUAGUUCAGCAUUCAAUACCAUCAUUCCAGACAUUCUUCUAACUAAGCUAAACCAGCUACAGGUACCGGAACAGACUUGUAAGUGGAUCACAAGCUUCCUAACAAACAGGAAGCAGCAGGUGAAGCUAAGCAAGAUCACAUCAAAUACCUGUACAAUUAGCACACGGGCCCCCCAAGGCUGUGUGCUCUCCCCACUUCUCUUCUCUCUGUAUACCAAUGACUGCAUCUCCAAUGAUCCAUUUGUUAAGCUACUGAAGUUCGCAGAUGACACAACAGUGAUUGGUCUCAUUCGAGACAAUGACGAAUCCACAUAUAGACGAGAGGUCGAACGACUAGCCUUGUGGUGCAACCAAAACAAUCUGGAACUGAACACACUCAAAACCGUAGAAAUGGUGGUAGACUUUAGGAAAAACCCUUCCAUACUUCCACCUCUCACAAUACUUGACAACACAGUGUCAACAGUAGAAACCUUCAAAUUUCUGGGUUCUAUCA